AUGGCGUCCCAUGGCAAGGUCAUGGACCUCUUCGACGAGCGCUAUCUCGAGUUACAAGAUGUUAUUGGCAACGUGGAGCCGCCACCCACUCUCGUACCUUAUGAGCAGUACAAGGCUCACGCCAUCACCUACCGGAUGGACACGAACCAUGACGUUUUCUUCGCGCUUCUCCAGGACUUCACGGAGCGCAAGGCGUUGGAGACGGGCAAGGAGCUGUGGACGUGGUGUGUGCAGUGGGAAGUCAGUCAGACAGCGGCUCGCCAAUCCCUCGCGGCAUCGCAAUCAGCAAAGAGGCCUCGCCUUGACUUGGACCCGCCGAAACCGGCCAGCAACGCGCCUCCGAUGACUCUGCAUGCUCGCUGUAUAGAUCCCGAUCUCUUGCACGAGGACGACAUGUUGCGCAUUCUAGUCGAUAUCGUGCAGGUCGACAGCACAGUGGUACCCAACUUCAUCGAGUUCCUUUACAGGUGGAUCGACUUUUACGAAGGAGACGGAAAGGCUCUGAAGGCGGCUCUACAUGGCGAGAUUCCAAGCUUGUGGGACUUUGAAUAUCAUCCAUUUCUUGUCACUCAGGAAGCCAAAAAGGAAAUUAAUCAAGCAAGAGGUGUCGCCCAAGACAGCGGGAAGGACGGACAAGGCGGGGACACAACCAUCCAGAUGCGACAAAAGCCCGACCUAGCGGCACUCGAACGCAAGACAGAAGAAAGCGAACGUCUGAAGUACCGCGAAGUACACUUCGGCAUCCAGCCCCCAAAGCUAGACGAGCCUCUGCCGCCUCUCAUCAAUGUCCCCCGAGACCAGUACAAGCGAGCCAAGUAUUACGAAGCUUGUUUCAAAUCGCGACAACGCGCGUUCUUCUUACUCGUAGAAGCAGGAGUCACCGCACAGAACAUGCGAGACUACCACAGAGAUCAGACAAUGAGCUUGCAAGAGACGCCACCGCUCGUGGACGCAGGCGGCCUCAAGAACUACGAGAAGGACGCAAAGCUUGCGCAGGCUUUCAAAUCGCUCAAGGAGCGACAUAGGGCAAAACAAUUGGAAAUCUCCAUCAGCAACAAAUUGGCGGACGAGGCUCAGUUUGCUGCGCGCAGUGCUGCUCCCCGAAGUCCAUCGGGUGUCCCUCUCAUCCCUACCACGACCACUCACGCCCAUCGCCCGGAUGUGACUGACGGUAUAUUGCGCAAGAUCCAGCAGACCAAAGAUGAGGAACUCCAAAGGAUCAACAUCGUUCCUACACCGCUUGUGGGCAAGAUGAAGAGUACGCUGUUCCGAGGUGCAAGAGACAAAGCGGGUUUGCAAGCGAUGUUCGCGCGUAGCAGUUUCCCAUCGAUUCCACGUUCUUCAGGAAACUUUGACGGCGGUGGGCUGAACAACAAAAAUGACGGCGAUAGGAGUACCGAUGAAGAUUCAGAUGAUGGCAUGAGUAAUGCGUCUGCUGCCUACGCCCUUAUUGUCAACGCCUGCAUCGCUUCCUCGUCCGAACCUACCAUCGCUCAAGACGCUUCCCUGUCCAUCUCUACCACCGCCCGCAUCGCUUCCUCGUCCGAACCUACCUCCGCUACCGCGCCCACCGCCUGCGAUGACCUCCACUCAAUCUCCAAAUACGUUCAUUCCUGA